AAGCGCUUGCACUCCGCCACGAAGACAACUUUCCAUACGGUCACGUUAAUAUGCGUAAUACAUCGUUUACGAUGGAUUAUCAUAAUGUAUUCUAUGUAUUUAGUUACGUUAUGUUUUAUUUGCAUUCUUCAGGUUUUGUAUUUCUAUCACUACAGUUCAUGCUUUUUCGAUAGAAAAAUGACCAUGAGCAGUGAGUAUGGGAGUUUUUUUUUGACCAUGAGCAGUGAGUAUGGGAGUUGUUUUUUUACCGUCCCAUAAUAAUAAUAAUAAUAUAAGUAUGUAGUUAUAUAUCUGUUUCGAAUUUAAGCACACAGUGCUUUCCAGAUUAAAAUAUUUCACACAAAAUGUAAAACAACAAUCAGAAACCAAGUGAAACCCAAUUGUCUUCAAAUUAAAAUAUGAUCGUGUAUAGCAAUCAUAUUGUCCAACAAAAGCAGUUAACGUGAUAGACCUUGAGAACAGUAAUAGUAUAUAAACACACAGGAAUGUGUAUACAAUAUUCAGAGACAAAUGUAAAGGUUUACAAUAAAAAAGUAUCUAUGGGGAUUAAGAAGCGUUGUCACGCAUUUAUUUUCCGACUGUACGUGAACGCAGCAGAUCCACGCUGCACUUCCCUGUUCUAGCUUCCUUGGUUCUUGCUCCUCCCAGCUCAAAGAUGGCAGCCAUGGGACGGAGAUGAGAGACGACACGAAUUUAUGAGUUUUGUCAUGAAACCACAUUGGGGUGCACAGCUGUUACAUCCGUGGUUUUAAUAUGACAGCGACAUAAUUCGUCAACGCCAAUGUGUCGUUUCACGAAGCCAAUUAUAGGAUUCAGAAAGAUCAUGUUUUUCUGUUGGCUAAGCUAGCAACCGACGGUUAGCAAAUACAUGAACGUGCCUCGUCUGCCAUACAAGAAGGAAGCAGCUGCUCUGCAAACGGUGUGUUGACAUUUUGCAAGCUCGAUUUCAUCAUGGCCAUCACUCAGUUCCGUCUUUUCAAGAUCUGCACAUGCCUAGCCACCUUACUUUCUUUCUUUAAAAGGUUGAUAUGCAGGAGUGGAAGGGGUCGCAAGCUCAGUGGAGAUCAAAUAACCCUCCCAACAACAGUGGAUUUUUCAUCCUCGGUACCAAAACAGGCAGAGAUUGAAGAAUGGAGCUCUUGGGAUGAAGAGGCUCCGACAAGCAUUAAGAUUGAAGGUGGCAACGGAAACGUUUCCCCUACAGGCAACGAAAUGGACGAAGAGCCCGACUACUUCAAAGACAUGACUCCCACCAUCAGGAAAACACAGAAGAUAGUGCUGAAGAAAAGGGAACCUUUGAACUACCUGGUGCCUGAUGGCUCAGCAGGGUUCUCCAGCCGACUGGCAGCCUCUCAGGACAUGAUGACCUUCAGUCCACCCUCAGGCGAACUGGGAGAAAUGGAAACCUGGCAGGAGGACUCAAAUGCCUGGGAGGACGAGUCCGACGCUGCCUGGGAGGCCGAGGUGGUGCUCAGACAACAGAAGAUGGCCGAGAGGGAAAAGAGGUCCAUGGAGCAGCAAAGGAAGAAGAUGGAGAAAGAGGUCCAGAGGAUGAUGAAGAAGGACCAGAAGAUUGCCGUAAAGCUCUCGUAACAUUUUUAGAAAUGCUCAGUUUCGAGCCAAAGGGAUGGAGGAGGGGGGGGGGGGGGGGGGAGGACACUGACUCAAUCGUCACUCUGUCUUUGAAGUCAUCAUACCAAACAGGAUUACCACCCGUCACUACUUAUCUGUUAGCAAUCAGUCCUAAUCCACCCUGCUUCCACCAGCAGCCAUUUUAGUCCAUUUUUCCAGCUGCAGCAGUGUGAAAUUCAUCAUUCUCGAGGUCAGACGGCACUCCUGAGGUCAUUUUGAUCGAGGGGAAAGCUGUAUUUAUUUAUACGAUCCGGUUCACCUGAGGUUAAAGGUUAGAUGCAGCGUCAGAGGGUGCCAUUUAGAUUCUGAUUCCAUCUGGUGGGUAGCGUAGGAAAAUGUUAAUUUGUUUCUUUCCCAGGAACAUUUGUAAAUAAACGGGUACCUACCUUUUUGAAAACCCAAAUAGGGAGUACAUUUCCCUUUUUUCUUUGUCUUAUUUAUAAUCUCAAAGGACAAAGGAGUUAAAUUAAUUUGAAGCAUCACUGUAUACCGGUGUCAUCCCUUGGUUUGCUUGAUUGUUGUGUUUUUAUAAUCAUGUCUUUCAUUGUCUGAAAACUGCUCUUUUCUUUUUCUAAUGAAUAUUACUUGAUAUUUCCCAUUGUCCCCCCCCCCCCUGUGCAGCCCUUCAUACACUGGACAUCUCUAUUAAAAUGAAGGCUGAAGAUUUUCAUUAUGAGUAAGGAUGAAUGACCAUAGACUAGAAUCUAGCCCAACUGUAAAUGUUAGCUGUGGGUUCCUAUGGUAAUCUCAUGGCUACUGAUCUGACAUUCAGUAUGCUCCUUUGUCAGCUUUUGAUAAUGAAGGAAAAACGGCAGUGAUCACUGCUUUUGAUUUUUGAUUUUUUUGAUUUUUAAUUAUAACCAGGGAGUGGGGAUCUUACUGUGCUCCUAAAAUAGUUGUUACUCUCACUGCAUCGUUGCGUCUUUCUAAAACCCCGAGCCGCCAUGUGAUCUCUGACCGGUUACCGUGGUUGAUUAAAAAAAAAAAAUGAAAAUGGUUUUCACUGAGCAUCCUGGUAUGCAUAUGUUCUAAUACAUUUGCCAGUCACUGUUGUGGGUGUGGUGUGUGUGGGGGGGGGGGGGGAGAAUCGGCACCAGGGGCAAUAUGCAAGUUGUUGUCAUGGAAACCUUGGAUGGUGAAAAAGGUUUCUUUUUUUUAUAAAUUGAAAUGUGCAGACAAGAUACAAAAUGUCUCUGCUCUAUUAAUAAUAUACAUACGGUGAGGGAGGCCAAUUUCUGUUCUGAAUGUUCCAAAAGGAAACGCUUUGCAACUAAUUGAUGGCUUGAUGUUAUCAAGCAGACUUAGAGACAUACUCUGUUGACACUUAAAUCAUUAAAUGACGAGUGCAUGGUCAGGUUUAAUUGAAAGCAGGUGUUUUAUGUUUACUUUUCUUUUCAAAGGGAAUUCAGCAAACUAUUUGUCCAACUUUUUUUUGUUCCUUUUCUUGUUUUAGGAAGAAAAGCUGCAGGUUGUUCUGUUUUGUCAUUUUGCACAUUUCACAAACAUGAAUCAGAGAAAAACUCA